UGGUGAAAGUCUUUAGUAAAGCCGCUUUGUGUGUGUUUAUUAUGAAGUUGUGUUGAAAUAACAAGAUUUUUUUUCUGCUCUUUCAACCGAGUGCUAAUUAUAUGUUUUGGGCAACGCAGGUGUUUGUCUCGACUUCAUCUGCAGCACAAACUCCCAACUUGUUUUGGACAUGUUGAUAUUUCAGUGACUUGUCGAUGACUGGGAACGCUGUUUUCUUCUUGGAUUUUGAAAGCAACAGGCAACAACAAUAACUUCUGUGAAGUUCUUGCCAUUCACUUUGCAGACAUGAUGUCUGAGGGGGAAGAUGUCGACACACUGCUGGACCCUCUGAUCAUUGAGGAAAGUGGGGAAGUGUACAGAAACCCCACUGAAGUAAAGAUGAGUCAGAUUGUGCUGCCCUGCCACGCCAAUCACUGUGGGGAGCUGAGUGUCGGGCAGCUUCUGAAGUGGAUGGAUUCCACAGCGUGUUUAUCUGCUGAGAGACAUGCAGGUUGUUCCUGUAUCACUGCCUCUGUUGACGACAUCCACUUUGAACACACAAUUGGGUUGGGAAAGGUUGUCAACAUCAUAGCAAAGGUCAACAGAGCCUUCACGUCCAGUAUGGAGGUGGGCAUACAAGUGAAUUGUGAAGACCUUUACACUGCCAGGCAGUGGAAGGUUUGCCAAGCCUUCGCAACCUUUGUUGCCAGACGAACUGAAGCUGGAAAGGUGCAGCUGAAGCAAGUGUCUCCUCACUCACAAAUGGAGCAGAUGGAGUACAGCCUGGCAGCGGAGAGAAGGAGGAUGAGGCUCAUCCAUGCUGAGAUCAUUACAGAUCUACUGAGCAGCAGCACAGCUCAAUUGGGAGAAUGUCAGGAGUAUCAGGGCGCUGUGGCAGCGGAGAGGACACGAGUGGAAAGUGUAGAGCUGGUGUUGCCUCCACAUGCAAAUCACCAGGUUAGCACCUUUGGGGGCCAGAUUAUGGCCUGGAUGGAGAACGUGGCUACGAUUGCAGCAAGUCGCUUGUGUAACGCACACCCAACCUUGAGGACCAUUGAUAUGUUCCAUUUCCGCGGACCGUCUCACAUUGGUGACCGACUGGUUCUGAAAGCCAUUGUUAACAAUGCCUUCAAGGACAGCAUGGAGGUGGGAGUGUGUGCUGAGGCCUACCAGGGUGGGGAACCUCUGCGUCAUAUAAACAGUGCUUUUAUGACCUUUGAGGUGCUGGACAGUGAUGGUAAACCACGCACACUGCCACGAAUCCGACCUGAGCCUGUGGAUGGAAAAAGACGCUAUCAAGAAUCCGUCGCAAGAAAGAAGAUUCGCCUUGAUAGGAAAUACAUUAUCUCCUGCAAGCAAACUGAAGUUCCUUUGUCUGUACCCUGGGAUCCAAGUAACCAGAUAUACUUAAGCUACAACAACGUAUCAGCACUGAAACUAAUGGACACCAGAAGCAACUGGGUAUUAACGUGUGAGAAAAAUAAGGUCAGACUCUAUACACUAGAGGAAAACCACACGCUGUGCUUCAAGGUGGAGAUGCAUGUCAAUGUCGCAGCAGAGCAGACGUUCCACCUACUGUCAGACCUCAGGAGGAGAAAAGAGUGGGACCCACAUUACGACGAGUGUGAGGUGAUCCAUCAGGCAGAUGAGGAUGACACCUUGUAUCGAGUCGCUACACCCUCUGUUGGUAAAGGGGCCAAAGGCAAGGACUUUAUCUUACUGGCGUCCAGGAGGAAACCAUUUGAUGCCAGAGACCCAUAUUUGAUCGCUCUGCGUUCUGUCACCAUGCCCACUCACCCUCCCACUGUUGACUAUACCCGUGGAGAGGUGCUGUGUGCAGGCUUCACAAUCUGGGAAGAGUCCAGUUCUGUCACCAAGAUCACCUACUACAACCAGGCCACACCUGGUGUCCUCCCUUACAUCUCCACAGACAUCGCGGGCCUCUCAUCCAGCUUUUCCAGUGCUUUUUCUGCCUGCAGCCACUUUUUGGAGGCCAACAAGGACAGCCUGCCUGCAUCUGUACUGUGAUAUAACUGCUGAAAUAAACAUGGAGACGUCAUCUUGAAUCAUAUGGUACCUUCACAAAUAUGCAGAAUCACCCAUGUCACCCAUGUCAUGGACACUGAUGUUACCCCAAACCAUCACACAUGCUGGCUUUUGUACCUUUGAUUGAUAACUGUCUUGAUGGUCUUUUUCAUCUUUGAAUUGAACAUCUGUUUCUCUCAAAAACAAACUGAAUCUUAGACUCCUAAUGUUUUCCAUGACAAUGAUUUUGCUCACUGUCCAUCACUGUAGCAUGACGGUUUCUCAUAUAAACCCACCUGAGGGCUUGAUGUUCAUGCACAUUCAGCAGUGGUUUCUGCCCUUGGGCUUUAUCCACAGAGAUUUUCCCCCAACUAUCUGUAUUUUAUGAUAUUUAUUAUAAACUGUAGAUGGUAAAAUAUUGUUUAAUUGACCUUAAUCAAUCUUGCACUUUGACUUUGAACUGGCAAUUGUUCCAUGUUUGCUCUUGCUUUGGUCGAUGCUGCUUUUAUAAUCAAUUUUCAUUCCCCCCGUCCUUACUUAUUAUCUGUCAACUUGCUCAUUGUGGAACAUGUUUUUCUUCAUUGUGUUUCAGUGUCAUAUUAGAUUUUUUUUAUAUACAGUAGUAGCAAAAUCCAAUAACGUAUCUGUUGAAUCAAGGUUCAAGCGAUUAUUACAUACUGUAGUUGUAGUUUAUUUUGAGAAAACACCCCAACUUUAAAAAAAAAAGAAAAAAAAAGGGGGUUUGUAUAUCAAGAAGAGCCUAUUAGACCUCACUUGUUGGGGUACUGUGUUUUUUUUGUUUCUUGUUUAAAAAAAAACAAAAAAAAACUGCAGUUAAGUGCAGCUGUGUUCACUCAGAUUAUAAACAUAUUGGCAAUGAAUUUUUUUGUUUUGAGUCAGUAUAUUAUGAUAAAAACUUUUGUGCAAUAAUACUGGAUGGGUCAGUCUAUCACACGUGGUAUAUCUUAAGUUUUUAACACUAAUCUAUUGUAAUAGGGCAGACUUGUCACAUAGGGAUGAAACUUGCCCAUAAAUUUAUAAAGAUAUUUGAUUUUGUUUUAGAUUAUUUUCUACCUCAAUGAUUAAAGCUUUCAACCUGUCUGAUUUGACUUAAAAACAUAAUUUAAGAUGUACAGUAUAUUUAAUGUAAAAUCUCAACUUUAUUUUCUAAACAAUAAAUAAUUUAAAGGUGAAUACUUGCAUGUAUUUUAUUAUAUGUGGACAUUCAGUGGCCAAGUCUCUCACAUAACGACUCUUAUUGAUUUAACUGGAACAAUAAACACAUUAGACCAGUGGAUUGUGCUCAUUUGAGUGGUUUGUUGUGUUCACCUCCGUCCCCCUGCAUUCUUACCAUUCCUUAACCGGUUUUUAUGACUGAAAAGAGGUACAAACACAGCUUGCACUAACUGUAUAUCCAACUGAUUCUUGUGUUGCAAUAGAUGCACAAAGCUGCCAGAGAACUAAGCUGUGUAACUAAGCUUCGAGGCUAAAAACAGUUGGUAGCUCUGCUGGUUUUCCACGUAUUGUGUUUUCUCUGUGAUCAUCCUGUUAUGCUCUCAACUGUUUCCUCCAGACAGCAAAACAAGAACAAGAGUGUAAUCUGUAACAUGAUCUGCAUUAAAAAAACAAAUUCUGUUUCAG